AAGAAAUGUGUGCGCACUCUAACUCUGUUGCCUAUUAUGGUUUAUACACACAUAUAAAGAGUUGAGUGUGUAUUGUCUUAUUCUUUUCUUUGUGUUUCUUUCUUUGUAUAUCCUCUCUAUUGUUUCUUCGUUGUGUACGAGUGCGGUGUAGCGCACUCCGUUGGUGCGCUUAUACUCUCUUCAUGGAGUGGGUUUGUUUGUGCUGCAGCGCAAUAUCGCACUGAGCAUGUUUUAAGCACGCAAACUCAGUGUCCGUGCGGCCGUUGCUCGGUCACUCGGUGCGCUUCAGUCAUCUCUGUUUCAUCUCCAUUUCGUCGAUGUUAGUUUCACAUCAAUUCUUUAAAUUCAGAUCAUCGAACAGGAAGUCAACUCAUUCCUAAUAUACGCUUCAUUUCAUGAAAUAAACAAAUGUUCAACGGAACGAACAUAUUAUUUGUUUAUUUUUCCAGUCCAGCGUUGUGCUGCAUGCGUACAUUCUAUAUUUAGGACGAACACGAUGCCGCCGGUUCGUUGCAAACACAUACAAUAAACCGUUUCACGAAAAAAAAAUUCCAUGCGAAACACCAAAACACAGAUGUGAUUCAGUUGACCACAGUAUGAAUUCAAUGUGUUGUUUUGGCAAGGAACAAUGGCAGUUCACAGUUUUAACGCUGCUACUGUGUCGAUUGCACGAAAAAUGGAUUUAGCCACUGUGGUUUCUGUUUCCGUAUUCAUUUUUAAUGAAAGAUCAGCAAAACUAGUGAUAAUCGUUUGUUCUUUUUCCACCGUAAGACAGUGAGUGUAUACAAUGGGACGAUUUUGUGUGCUAAAAAAGCAAAGACAUGUUUGCGGCGAAUUUUGUUCAUGUUACCGUUGUGAUACAAAACUAACUGGACAUUUGCAAAGUGGCACUGCUAACAUUUUGACACAACGAAAUUAGCGGAUCAUUUGACAGACUCGGUGACAUCGAUGAGUCGAUGUGAAUUUCAUCAUACGACCGCAACGAAACACAACGAAGCGAAUCGAAUUCAGUCAGACGAGUUGCAUUGCCUGCUGAUCCAAAAUGCCGAAGAGAAAGGGUACACCACUUCGCGGUAACCAGCGGAAAAAGAAGAAAAUAGUCAGCAAAACGGGUAUUGAAGGAGAAAUCGGCAUUCUAGCGAUAAAAAUGACAUUGAAGGCUAUCGUUCGACCACAAUAUUAUCAACAAGUGAAAGAUUGGUUCACCCAAAAGUCGAUUGAAUGCACCAAAAUCUGCGCGUUAGCUUCGCUGCUCUUCCUGUACAAAGUUAAGAGUGCCAACGAAAGUAAUAAUGCGGACUUCUUCAGUGGUGAUGGCAACAAGGAAAUUAAGGAUUGUUUUUAUGCAGUUUUACAAAAAAACAAAGAGAAGGAAGAAAUGGUUCCAGAUUUUCGUGAUUUCGUGGAGAAUAUGGAGGCCGAAAACCGAUUCAGUUGGCCGGGUAAUAGCUUCUUCGGAAACCAGAUGCAAUACCUCUACAAGCAAUACACCACGAAUUUGCGCAACAAUUUGGAGAUGCAUGCCGAAAGACGCCUGUACCAAUAUCUCAUAAUGCGUGCGUGGCAAUUUAACGCUGUUUCAACUGGCCCCACAUUACGCAACGAUGAUAUCAAGCGUGCCGUGCAAUGGACCAUCGAUCGGUAUGAUCCCAUCAAAACAACCGACCGACAUUGGGAAGUAAAGUGGGAGAAGCGCCAAUUGCUUCUCGAUAUGAUUGCGGAAAUUGGCGGGCCAGAAGAUAAUGAUGUCGCAAUAUACACAACAUCGGAAGGAACAUGGUUCAAAUCAAUCAACAUGUGGUUGACUAUGCAAAUGGAGGUGGACAAUUUCCACAUUUGGGCUGAGGAAAAUGGCAUUGAAAUUCCGAAGAUCAAAAAUCUCAAAGUCAUUCCGAUUCAUCAGUUCAUGCGACAGCACGUGAAAAUGGAGACGGACGUUCUCAUUCGAAUGAUGUCCGAAAUGCGAUUCAGAUUACAUGGUCUAAUAAUCAAGUACGAAAUUGUGGAGGACCCCAUGACGCAGUGUUGGGAUGAGAUUUUCGAUAUGCCAAAGAUACAUCGCCUGUUGAAAUCAAACAAACGUUUCCGGCCCUACAUUGCCUCGAAUGGUCAAGCGGUAUCCAUUAUGUACGAAGUACCGAAGAGUCACCUGGAUCGUUUAGUAGACGAUGAAAUCGUGCGGAAACGGUAUCGUGAUGGUGUGUACGUAUACGAGAUUGGGAUUGAUCCCGGCAUGCGUACCUGGAACGCGACAGUCAGACGGAAUAUCAAAACUGGCAAAGAGAUCAACUUCACGGUCAGCUCGAAGAGGUACCAUUAUCUGGCCAGGCAGGGUGUUCGGGAUAGGAAGGCAAAGCGAUGGACAAGGCGAUUUGUGGCCGAAGAACAGCAUGACCGUGAACGCUAUCAACGGAUGCCAUCGCCAAAAGGUGAAAAUUGGGGGUCUUACAUCGCACAUCGUUUGACAAUGCUGAAGAAAGGAAUUGAGACGUAUACAACAGAAAAAUACGCCCGUCUGCAAUUUGACAAAUACAUCCAAUCAAACCGUGCAACCGAUAAGAUUGCUAAUUUACUGACAAAUCGCAAACCAUCCAUCAUUCACAUGGGAGCCGUUGAUAUGCCGGCGAAUUCUCCGAUCCGAAUCAAGAAACAUGUUCGUUGUCCAGGCAACCGUAAGUUGGCAGAGAGCUUCAGAAAGAUUCCGAACACCGUCGUGCGACAAGUCAACGAGAACAGAACAUCACAGCUUUGCGGUAGAUGUUUCACCCCGUUCGACAUAGCAACACAACGUGAUCGAAUGAAAGUAUGCGAAUGGUGCCUGCCAGAUAACGAUGAUUGGCCACCAAAUUUGCAGUUACCAACGAAAAUCGUGUCGAAGAAGAGCAAGCGCACGCUGAUAGCGGAUCGACAACGAAUGCGUGAAGCAGUGGAACAGGAUCCAAAUCAAGCUGAACGUUUUGUGUCUAAGGUGAUUUCAUACCAGAAAAACUGGCAACAAAGCGCAGCAAUCGAUGAGGACGCGGACCCUGCCGAGCAAGAGGAUGCAGCAGAGUCACAUGAUCGUCGCAUUUUGAAGACUUGUUGGCAUCGAGACAUCACUGCUGCGAAGCUGAUCUUAUACAAAGGCCACUGUCACCUCUUCGGAAUUCAGCUGCACUUCAUGUUCACAAUUGAACGAAUCAGAUAGAAUAAGAAAUAAGAAAUGUCAAUUAGAAUAGAAUUUUUUCAAACAACAUUUUUGUAAUAGCGUAUUACAUACUGCUGGAGUCGACUUUGUGACCCAGAACUUGAAAUGAGUCAGAAGAGCGUAUAUAUGUGUUGAUCGUUCCAUGUCUAGUGGACUUUACGUGCUAUAUGCGUUAUUUCCCAUACACUCAUUGAGAGAUUGAGCACGGGGGGUUGAUAUCAUUAAAUGGGUGUCUGUUUAGUUUAAAGAGGAAACUUCCUGCACUGUUUGAUGACAAUAACACAUACACAGCAAUUGAUAGUCAGACUUUACAACAGUUUUUUGUUUCGGGAAGUGUGAAUAGCAAUCGAUGUGUUGUGUUAAUGCCAUCAAUGUACGCAGAAUUUGGUGCUCUUUAUAUCAAAAAUAGGCACUUUUCAUUUGACUGAUAUCAAAAACACCCUAGUGAAAUGAAAAUAGAACAGAACAGAAUAAAGAAACGAGUGGACAUUUCGCUGGUAGCUGGCAAAAAGGCUAACGAUCAACAGUGGCAUAACGCGUUAAAAAUAUUCACGAUGCUUUGCAUAGUUCGAGGGCUGUAGACAUUUAGCAAACGAACGAAGAAGAAUAUGAGAGGAGAAGAAGAAAAAAAGAAAUCCACACGAACAUCAUCAAACAAUAUCCAGAAAAGAAAAGUGACUUGAAUGUGAAAAGUUUUGCGCGCACUUUUCCUUCUUAGCUGCCAUCAAAUUAAUUAAACUUUACGUCAACGAGAGAGCAGGCCAACCGACCAAUACCAAGCCAGUUUAAUCAGAGAAAACUGGCUGGCACAUCAGAAAAUAAGCAUAUAGAAAAACAUUAAAAUCAAAUUUUGCUCUCGCUCUCUCUCUCUCUUUUCCUCUCUCUCUCUCUUCGCCCCCCCCCCCCCCCCCUCUCUCUCUCUCUCUCUCUCUCUCUCUCGGCCGAUCCGUUCAAAAAGCACCAUCGAAAAAAGAUAAAUAUUUGCUUGAGCAACGAACGUUGGUUGUGAACAAACGGAGGGCAAUGCAUUGCACUGGACACAUUGUGCACAAGAAGUGAAACGAUUUAGGAGGAACAGAAAAGCAGACAGCAACAUUUCAAAGCAAUUUCAUAAACACUGACGGCUUACCAGCCUCGGCUUUGAACAUGCUAAAGUUUCGCACAAAAACCAAACCACCACAAAGAAAUCUCACGACCGCCAUCCCCGUUGCCGCUGCCGCUGCCGCUGCAGCUAUGGUCAGUAUCAGCAAACACUUUUACACGCCGCUAAUUUUCACUUUGUUACUAAUUCCUGAACACAGUGUUAUGAUAAGUUUGCAAAGAUGCCAACUAUUUGCACAAACACCAGAAAAGCAAGGGGUUGUGUAAAAUACAAAACUUUGCGGUCCAAAGGCAGCUCUGUUCAGGAGCAGCUCCAUAAAUAAAUUUGAAUAAAAUAUCAGGUGAAUGUGCGUUGAUUUGGAUAGGAACAAGAUAACGGCUAAUACGAAAUACAUACCAUACGUUAUGACUUAUUACAACUCUGAGAAAUAAUUAAUGAAAAAUUAUUAUUCAGCAGCACAUGUGUAUCAUAGAACAUAUUUUCAAGCUUUGAUUCUCUCGGUUACUCCCCUUUCGCAACAUUGCACAGAAUCGACCAUGCUUAUUUCAACCCAUUCAAAGCCGUGAUAUCUUUUUUCAAUUUUUCCCUGCAAAAUUCUAAAAAUUUGGCUUAAAUGCAAACAGAAUAUAAAAAAAUCGAUUCAAUUUUAAGUCUUUGAUAAAGUUGAGCAUGCAUACUUUUAAAUUAUGGUGCGACCGAUUGAAAGUUCAUAAGAUUUUCCGUAGAAAACCUUGAUUUUGUCACGACGUAUUUUUUCAAUACAAACAUAAGAAAAACCAAGCAAAUGUUUUUUGUUUUCAAUGUUAAUUUUUAGAUCAAAAGAUAUGUAUCUGUACAUGCUUAGCUUCAAAACUUCAUUCCGAAAUAAAAUAAUAAUCGAGUUGUUUGAAAAUUUUCCGAUUCAUUCCGUGUGUUGACCCCCUAAAUUUUUUUUCCGAAAUGGUAAAUGCCCUUUUUCAUAUUGUACCGAACCAAAUGAUAUAAAUUAUAUAUUUUAUGAUAGGUUCAACUUUUUUCUGUCACAAGUCAUUAGACAAGAAACGAAAUAAAAAUUAAGCAAUUUACGUGUUCUUACAGAACAUAUUUAAAAA